GUUCACCCCGCAACAGCUCGGCAGUGCGGUGGCACGCCGGUAGUUCAGCCUGACACAUCGGUGUUAUAUCCUCCAAUAAAAGUCAAACUUUAUCAAACUGUCAAGAUACGUUAUGAUGGCGCUGAGGUGCUGUGUUAGUUUCAAACUCAAGUGUUUGUCAGUUCUUAGUUAAAGAGAAACGGAGAGUCGUGAUUUACCGUAAAUUUCGUGACGCCUCAUUACCAUGGAAACAGUGCUCCUGCUCUGAGAGGAAACUGUCCGUGUUUAACUUCAGCAUCAACCUUUCAACGGGGUCGGAUUAAGAAAAUAAAAAACCUGUUGGAUAUCUCACGUUUAUUUUAUUUUAUUCUCCUCUUCUAGCUCUAUCUUCAAUUUUAACUUCGCAUCACACCAGGUGAGGAUGACCACGCUUCAGACAGAGAAGAGGUUCCACAACUUGACCCUCGAGCAAGUCCAAGCUCUGGACAAAGUCUUGACUGAGGUGAUCCCCAUCCAUGGCCGAGGAAACUUUCCUACCCUGCAGGUGAGAGUCAAAGACAUCAUUCGCGUGGUUAAGGAACGUCUGAUCGAAAGAGACAUCCAGGUCAAAGAUAUACGACUCAAUGGUGCGACUGCCAGCCACGUCUUGGUGAGAGAUAACGGCCUUGGGUACAGAGACUUGGACAUCAUUUUCGGAGUGGAGCUGCCCCGGCAGGAGGACCUCCAGGUGAUUAAGGAGGUGGUUCUGGGUAGUCUACGGGAUCUCCUCCCUUGUGGAGUCAACAGACGGAAGAUCACCUGCUUGACGAUGAAGGAGGCCUAUGUGCACAAGAUGGUGAAAGUCUUCAACGAACACGACAGAUGGAGCCUGAUCUCGCUUUCUAACAACAGGUCGAAAACCGUGGGGCUUAGGUUUGUUAGCUCCCUGCGGAGGCAGUUUGAGUUCAGUGUGGACUCUUUUCAGAUAAUAUUGGAUCGUAUGCUGGAGUCCUACUGGGAGACUGAAAGGAGACAGAGUGGAAAGAUGGUGUUAAAUACCGGGAAUUCAUCAAGAACUGACAAGGAGGUUGAGAAGAGAAAGCAAGAGCCAGCAAGCACUCCAGAUGCUGAAGCGGAAAAGGAUUCAGCAAAAGCAACUGGUGGAGAAAACCCAGGCUCAAAUGGAGAAGUUUCCAUGCUUGAGAAAGACUUCCAGCAUGAGGCUGAGGUUGUUGAUGAAAAGCAUGAAGUGCACAAAGCGCAAGAACCAGAGAACAUAAAGUUACAGCAGGAGGAAGAGGAGGUGGAGGGAAUAGAGGACGCUCACUCAGAGGACGAUAUUUUGUUUGAGUUAUGUGAGGAAACUAGAGAACAGAAAGGACUGUUUCAAAAGGAUUAUCCUCUGGUUUCUUCCCCUAAAGCUUUAUUUGCAGAUGUUAGGGAUCCAUUGAUUAAAAAUGACUGUUUCAAGCUGCAGAGUACAGAGGAGCUUCCUGUGUCACAAGUUUCCCUUCCAGUGACUACAAAGAAGUCAGAAAAUCCAACUCCACCAGGGAAAUUUCUUAGUGAAGACAUCCCUCAUUUCAAAGACGCUCUAAUCUGUAGGACUGAGAGUACCUCAAGCGUACAAGAUCCACAUCUUGAAUGUUCUUUUCCACCUCCAGCGAAGAAAACUUGCAGCAUAUCACAGGACGUAGUCCCAGAGCAUUGCCCCUCACCAAAAUUACAAAGAAAAAUGUCACGGAAGAUGAUCACUAAGCCUGAAAAAUGGUCUUUACUGAAUGAUUUGUCAGAUCUCACAACUCAGUUCUUUCCACCCAUAGAAAUCCCUAAACCACUUCAGCCAAAGCCGCCUUUACAAGACAGCAUUCAAGUUCAGUGCUCAAACAUUUCAGACUCCAAGUCAGAGGUUCCUGAGACCCCAGAGUACAGUCCAGCUAGUACAUCCCUGGAAGGGACUGGCUUGAAUGAAAAUUUAGAACAAAUUGUGAAGCCGAAACACUCGAAGAAACCUCCUGAUUCGGAUAAUCAAAGUCAAACAUGUGCAACAAUCACUCCCUCGCAGCCUCAGGUUAGCCAGCUUACGCCUGAGCUAACAGACAAUGUUCUUAAAAGCUGUGUGGCUAACUCAUGUGCAAGGCCAGCUGAGGAUUUUACCAUCACUGUUGAGGCUGAGUGUAUGUACGGAGACUUCGAACAAGCCUUGGACCACCUUCGCCAGCGCCUCAUUGCCACCCACAGCCCAGAGGAGAUCCGAGGAGGAGGCUUGCUGAAAUACAGCGACCUGCUGGUAAGGAACUUCAGACCAGCCAGUGAAACAGAGAUCAAGUCUCUGGAGCGAUACAUGUGCUCCCGUUUCUUCAUUGACUUUCCUGACGUGAGCGAGCAGCAGCGAAAGAUCGAGGCCUACCUACAGUGCCAUUUCAUUGGCAACGAAGAGGCAAGCAAAUACGACUACCUGAUGACGCUGCGGCGUGUGAUAGAUGAGAGCACGGUCUGUUUGAUGGGACAUGAGCGGAGGCAGACGCUGAAUAUGAUCACGGUUCUCGCUCUGAGGGUACUGGGCGAGCAGAACGCCAUCCCAAAUACGGCCAAUGUCACCUGUUUCUACCAGCCGGCUCCCUACGUGACAGAGCCGAUUUACAGCAGCUACUUCAUCACUCAGGCCCAGCCCCCGCUCGUCUACCACCCCUACCCUCCUUUACACGUCCACAUGCAGACUGGCCUGGUGUAGCAACAGUGACAUGCCCACAGGGAGGCAUGUAGGCAGCUUUCAGCAUGGUGCUCUGCAAGCAUGGGCACACUUGGAAGUUUUAGCAACAACAGGCGACCAAAGGCGCAGUGUUGUUUAACGCUUUGAAAUCCCUCCUGCUUAUGAUAUGAAAGAUCCACAAGAGGUCAGAACUGAAAGGGGUCUGGAGGCAGAGCAUGUCACCCUUUCAAGAUGAACUGUUGAAAAGGAAAAGAAAUAGCUAAAAGCCUGCUUUUCAGAGAGCUCGUAGAGAGGAUCUCAUUGAAGCGGACAGGCUUUGUUUAAGGCUGUUUCAGCUCAGUUCUGGCAGAGCUGUGCACCGAUCACCCUCCAGUACUGAGGAGAUGUUUCAGUGUGAUAAUUGUCCAUUGUAAUGAAACAGCUGUUGGCAGCAUAAGUCUUUAUCCUGAGGUUUGAUUAAUGAUCAGUCUUUAAUGUUUCUGAGGGGUUAAAUCCCAAUAUAGCCGUUUUGUGAACCAUCAGUCUCUGUGGAGUAAAUCUUAGCACGUGACUUAACCUGUGUUGUACCUGUAUAGAAAUAGGACACCUGUCAGUGAGGGCAUAUAUUUGACAGAAUUUACCGUGGUAUGUCCCUGAUAUUGUAAGAUCUGUGUUUGUGAAUGUUAACACAUAAAUUCAAAAGUAGAAAUAAGAGAUUCUAGCCUCGGGUCUGUUAGGGACUGUACAAAAGUUAUUUGUGUGGUGGGAGGGGAUUAAAUAUGUUGUAACAAUUCACAUUUUAAAAACUAAAGCAACCACUCUCACGACUCUGGUAAGAAAACUUAAAUAUUUCUUUGAACUUUUAAUUUUCAAAACUAAAAAAAACAUCCAAUCCAGACACACUUCAUUCAACUAAAUCAAAUGACUGUUUGUGGGGCCUGAUCAGAUUUGAUUGGCAGUUGCAAAUCCAGCAAAACACCACACAAACUCAAAUGCUGCUUUAUCCUGUUUGGUUAAAGUAAGAGAAUUUAAAAAAAGAGUCCUUUCAUAUUUUCUAGAGGACAGAUAAAGACGACUUGUGUAUUUUUCAACCUCAAGUCUGCAAAAGCUAAGAAACAUCCUGAGUGAGAAUAAAAAUUAACCCAUUUUCUAUAUUGGACAGCACUGAUUAUAAUUUUCUCACAGUCUUGUGGAACAUCAAAUGAAAAUUCAAGGUUGAUCCACAUCUGUGACAGAUGUUAUUGUGCUACUGUGUUUUUGAUCUCUGUUGUGUUUUUUAGACCAAAUCUCCCAGAGUUCACUCUGCAUCCAACUCCAUGACUGUGUCUGAAAUCAGUCCCCUCUCAAUACAGUCCACCCUGCCUUACAUAGCAAAAUGAAAGUAUCCCACAAUGCAUCAUGAAAAGUAGUGUGCGAUGAUGACUAACCAAACACCUUUAUGCAUUGCAAUAAAGGUAAAGAAGACAGCAAUGAUGUAAACAGGAUACAUAGAAGCACCUUGAAGGGUUGUUAUUUUCAUACUGCAGAUGAGCUCAUUAAAGGCACUGUAAGGGGUUUUUAACCGAUUUUGAAAUAGCUUCUCUCUUAUACUGAGGCCUCUCCAUGAUCUAUCUAGUAAAUGAGAUCCUCAGCAAUAGGAUUGGUUACUUCUUUAUACUUAAUUUUAAGGCCCUUGUUCAGGUCUGAUUUUCCACAAAAAGAAGACAAGUUAAUAUUCAGCAGUCACCCUGUCUUUGUGUUGAACUCUGCUGGUAAAGUUUGGUUGUGAGAAGUUAAGUUAGCUAGCAGUAGUAACAUUUUAUUUAUUUAUAUUAUUAUGACAUUUAUUGGGACACUAGAGUAGGGUAGAGUAGGGUUGCAAAAUUACAGGAAUUUUCAAAGUUGGAAACUUUCCAUGGGAAUAAAUGGGAAUUUAUGGGAAUAAACAAGAAUAAACCAAGAAUUGACUAAAUUGAAGGUUGGCUCUUAAAAGGGAACUUAAAUAUAGGUGGGGAAAAUAUAUUUUAGUGUAAUCCUGACUAAAACAACCAGAUUUCACGCAAGUACAGUUGAAUAUCUAUGCUAUUCCUCAAUCACAUGCACAUAGAACACUGCUUACUGCAGGGCUAUUGAGACCACGCCCCCUACAUGCACUGUGAAUUUGACAUUUUGAAUGGGACUUUGUUGGGAUUGCUUAUUUGUUAAUUUUUGAAUGGGUUGGGUCGGGGGAUGAGGAAUAUUUAACUCAACAUUCAUGUUUUUGUUCUUCAAUGAAAGAAUUGAUUGUUUAAUAAAAUAUUUAACACUUGAUAAAGUUCUACUUACAAAUAAAUCUGUUUUAAUUGUAUUAUUUUGGAUGGAUGUCUGCUUAUAACAGAACAAAUAAUUAUUCUUGGAUAUGAUACCUUUCCAUUAAAUUCCCAGUUAAUUCCCAUAAAUUCCCAUCAUUUUCAAUUUGGAAUAUUUCCAGACGUUAGGACUGUGAUGAAUAACAUUAAACUGGUAUGUCAGAUCACCCUUGUUAGGCUAACUGACAAUAAUAAAUCAGAGUUCACAAAAUGUUGUCGUUCUGACGUCACAGCUGAUGAUUUUAGGUAGCUACAAAUAUAUUUUUUUUAUCUCAUCAAUUGACAUCCUGACAAAAAUGUAUUUUGAACAAAGAAACACAUUAUUAAAAAUAUCUGUUUUCCCGUCAUUUGCUACCAAAACAAUUGCAAGAGCCACAUCUUAAAGACAGUGGGUGAUGGUGCUCAUGGGAAAUGUAGUCUUAAAUCUGUAAAAACCCAAAAGGGUUCAACAAACCUAAAAACUCCUCACACUGCCUUUAAAUAGUCAUCUACAGUGGAAUGUAGUGCACUGUGAAUGAUUGAAAGUGGAAAUGAUUUAAGACACAGCCUUUGUCACAGAUAAAGGAUCGGCCCUUGAUCUUAGAAACCUUGACUUUCUUGUCCUGAAUUUGAUGAAAUCAAGUCAAACAAAUUCAGACUGUCAUUGAACUCUUUCUUAACUCAAAGUUUCUGUCUUUAACUGGCUGAAUAAUACAUAUUACAGCUAUUUGUGGUACUGGAUGUAGUGAAUGUCACUUCCGCCAGGCUUUUGCCUGCUAUUGUGAGUGGAAAUGUUGGUCCAAAAUCUAAGUAUAUAGUGUGUACAACAGUUCCUGCACCUUGUCCCUGUGUGUUAGUCCUUGUGUCUGUGUAGCAACGGUACAUGUACUGAAGAUUUAAGCACAGGUGGGUAAAUGUGGGCUGUUCAACCUAAAUUUGAGACUGAAGCACAAUGUAAAUGCACAUAGCUGUUGUUGAGUAAACACUGUUUAUGAUAUGCUCAUGAAUAUUGAAGAGAUCUUAAGUACUGUGUGCAGUCGUUUCUGUUUGUAGAUUUAAAGUGAUGUAUCCAUGUUGAGACUGUGGGUCUGUUGUGUAUCGUUCAGGAGCUCUUAGACCAGUAGAGACACUCAAAUAUUCCUGUUAUGAUGUGUAGUUGCUCAGAUUUUUGUGUUAUUGUGGUAAUAAAUAUAACACAACCGUU